AUGAACUCCAAAGUAGUCAAGGACAAUGUUAACGUGAAGAUUGGUCAUCUCUACCGAUUCACGUGUAACGCGUCUGGUUUUAUAAAUCCAGCCAAUCACAUCACGUGGCUUAUUGAAAAAGAGGGCCAACAAGACCAAAUAAAGGGUACUUGUGAUUGGGAGCUUGGAAACAACACGUACAGGGAGGCGUCAACUGAAAUCUGCUUGAAUAUCACACAGAAUCACUCCUCGAGCAGAAUAAUAUGCAGGGUAGUGUUUCCAGAUAACGGAGAAGUAGCAGUGUAUCUGUCAAUUGAAACUCCAAAUCUAGGAACAUCGACUCCUGAACGAGCGACCACUUUUCUGUCAACAUCCAAGGAGCCAGUCAGUGACGUCACAAGGCUUCCCAUCAUGCCCACUGUUGUCAUCAUUCCUGUUGCGUCUUCUGUUGUAAUCUGCGUUGCCAUUGCAAUAUUCUGCAUCAGGAGACGAAAAUACCAGCAGACUCGUACAAAGGAGGAGGUCGCAACGUCAAACGAAGUUAGCUUGACGGAGGUUUCUGCUGCUGACGAAGGGGCUUUCGGGCGCUCACAGAGAGACUACGAUUUUCCUCGUGAGAGGAUCGCCCUGCAUGAGGUGCUAGGCAGCGGGAACUUUGGCCAUGUUUAUCGAGCCACGGCUGACGGCAUAUACUGUCCGGGAAUCAAAGUAGACGUGGCCGUCAAAAUACUCAAAAAGUCGGCUGAUGCGGAUGUGGUCGCUGAUUUCGAGAAGGAAAUCGCGGUUCAGAGGGAUCUAAUGAAACAUCCCAACAUCGUGUCCAUGCUGGGCUACUGCAUGGAGACGCAACCGUUUUACCUGAUACUGGAGUAUAUAUCUGGGGGCAACUUACAGAAAUUCUUGAGGGAUAAGAAGGACGCUUGGAGAGAUGAUCCCGUUGAGGGCGCUCAGCCUGCUUGCCCCUUCCAGCUCUUGACAUUUGCCUCUGAGAUUGCCAACGGAAUGGACUACCUCUCCACCAUGGGGUGCAUUCACCGUGACCUGGCUACUCGCAACAUCCUUCUCAGCGACGACCUUGUGUGCAAACUUUCUGACUUUGGAUUGGCACGUGACGUUUCUGAGACUGAACAGUAUGAGAGAACAUCCCUGGGAUUGAUUCCUGUACGCUGGCUUGCUUUGGAGUGUCUUGUUGAGAACACGUACACCACAAUGAGCGAUGUGUGGUCCUUCGGUGUCUUGCUGUGGGAGAUUGUCACUCUGGGCGCCCAUCCCUACCGUGGAAUGUCCGCAAGUCAAAUAAUUGACGCCUUAGUGGAGGGGUUUCGUUUACCCACUCCCGCCCAUUGCAACAAACAACUUUAUACAGUCAUGAAGGAGUGUUGGAGAAUUUCCCCCACACGUCGCCCGUCUUUCAGCAAUUUAAAGAGGAUCUUGGACAUUAUGAUUCCCGACUCGCAGAUAUACCUGGCAAUGGAAGACUUUGUGGCUGACAAGUACACAUGAAGAUGUUUACUUUUCUCAAAUUAACGUCUGACCAUGGUUUGCAUGGCAUGAGUUCCAUUCCACCUCAUGUAAAAACAGCUUCUGUGACUGAAACUAUUCGUGGUUUCUCCUGGAAUUCUAGUUGUUAAAAUACACUGUUUUUCAAAGUCAGUGUUAUUUGGAGAGAACUCGGAUGGCAAAUUGUAAUGAAGCCGAGUGUACGUGUUUUCGAAUAUUUCAACAAAAUAGAUGUAUAGAGUGGUGCAAAAAGAAGGAAACCCACUUUUGAAAGCAAUUUUCAGCUACUCGUUGA